AUGUCUUUUAUGAAAUCGCAGGAUUUCCAAGAAUUCUUGGCGCAAUUGACUGCACACAUGUUCCCAUACAGUCACCUGAUUCAAAUACGGGAGAAGAAUUCAGAAAUACAUAGAAAAGGCAUAUUUUCAAUUAAUGUACAAAGAGUCUGUAAUACAGAAUUGUUAUUUAUGAAUGUUGUUUCCCGUUGGCCUGGUUCUGCUCAUGAUGCUACUAUAUUUAACAAUUCUAUGCUAAAAAUGCAAUGUGAAGAGGGAUCGUUUGGCAAUAGAUGGCUUAUUGGGAACAGUGCAUAUCCCUGUACUUCAUAUCUUUUGACACCCCUGCUCAACCCUUCAUCCGUCGCAGAUAAUCGUUACAAUGAAGCACAUAUAAAGACUGGAAAUACUAUUGAAAGAUGUUUUGGUGUGUGGAAAAGGCGCUUUCCUAUACUCUCUCUGAAAAUCCGUGUGGCUAUGCAGACUACACAGGUCAUUAUUAUUGCCACCUCUGUGUUACACAACAUCUGCAGAUUAAAUAAUAUAAGGGAUGUGGAUCCAGAAGUUACAAUGCCACAUGAAUCAGACAAGAACUAA